AAAAAAAGUAUAUUACUUUUUACUUUUUUUUUUAUAAAAAUAUAAUUUAUUUUUUUUUUUGAAAUUAAAAUUAAAUUAUUAGUAUGGAGGAACCAAAGAAUUUAUGGAAUGAUGUUGAUCAUGAAAAAUAUCAGAAUCAUGUUACGAUUUCAUUUGAUUCAACUUCAGAAUCAGAAGAAAGUUUAGUUUAUAUGAAAGAUAUAGAAAAAAGAAAAAAAGUAUAUGGAAUAUGUGGAGAAUGUAAAGAACCUGGUACAGGAUGGAAAUGGUGUCAACCUUGUAAUUCUAAGAGAUCAAGAAAAAAUUUUAUUAAUUGGACAAGUUAUAAUAAUGAUAUUGAUGAAUUAAUACAACUAUCACAACUUAAUGCUGUUUAUUAUAAAUCAAGACUUGAAUGGAUACCUUUUGAAAAAUUUCAAAAUAUCACUUAUAUUACAAAAGGUAAUAAUAGUAAAAUUUAUUCAGCUAAAUGGAAUGAAGGAUGUAUUAGAUAUUGGGAUAUUGAAAAACAAAAAUGGAGUAGAAAUCCAAAAAUUGUUGCAUUAAAAAGUUUGAAUAAUUCUAAUGAUAUUGAUAUAGUUACGAAUCUUUUAAAUAGGGUUAAAACUUAUCUUCAAAUUUAUCUUUUUAAUGUCGUUCAUUGUUAUGGAAUAACACAAGAUCCAAAUACUAAAGAGUAUAUAAUGGUUUUAAAUUAUUGUGAAAAUGGAGAUUUGAGAAAUUAUUAUUUAAAUUCACCUGAUAUGAAUUUUGGAACAAAAAUUUUUUUAUUAUUAGGAAUUGCAAGAGGACUUUUAAAUAUUCAUAGUGCUGGAAAAGCUCAUAAUAAUCUUCAUUCUAGUAAUAUACUAUUUAGAAAGACUGCAUAUAUAAGUGGUUUAGGAAUGUGUCAACCAGCACAAUCAGAUAAAAAAGAAGAAAUUUAUGGAGUAUUACCAUAUAUCGCACCAGAAGUUUUACGUGAAUAUCAAUAUACAAAAGCAUCAGAUAUUUAUUCAUUUGGAAUAAUUAUGAAUGAAUUUCUUUCUGAAGAAAUUCCUUUUAAUGAUAUUCCUCAUGAUGAAUCUUUGGCUGUUAAAAUAUGUAAAGGAUUUAGACCAAAGAUUUUAGAAGAUACACCAAAAUUCCUUAAAGAUUUGAUUAUUAAAUGUUGGGAUGAUAAAAUAGAAAAUAGACCAACUAUUGAUGAAUUAUAUCAAUUAUUAAAAAAAUGGAAUGAUGAUAUUAAAGGUAAUAAAGAUAAUGAAAUUUGUUCUCAAAUAAAAGAAUGUGAUGAAAUUAGAGAGAAAAAAUUUAAAAACAAAUCAAAUGAAGAGAAACCUGAAUCACAUCCACAAGCAAUUUAUACCAAUAGAAUUUUAAAUUUUAAAAAUCUUACGGAAUUAUUAAAUUAGUUCAGGUUUAAAAGGUAUUGAAUUCGACAUUUUUUUUAUUAGUUUAUUACAAUAGUAUGGAUUUUAUUUUUAUUAUAUCUUGAAUUAUUAUUUAUUUAUAUAAUUAUGUAUCAGUUUAGC